GGUUAAUCGGUUUCCUGAGACGACUUGGUUCAUCCCAUUUUAUAAAGGAACUCUUUUCAUUGGCCAUGAAGUGAAGCACCCGUAGCUGCUACUUGCUCUUCCCAUUCAUUCAUUGAGUCCUGCAGCUGUGCGGAGGAAGAGUAAGUGUCUCCCAGGUACUCUCAGCCUGCUCUCCCUCUGCGGCCUCCUCCUUUUGUGUUGACCAACUUUUGCACUCAAGGCAACCAAGAACCAUGGCCCAGCAACAGCAGAUUAGCCUCCCAGCCAAAUUGAUCAAUGGAGGGAUUGCAGGCAUGGUAGGAGUCACCUGUGUGUUCCCAAUUGACCUGGCCAAGACCCGCCUGCAGAACCAACGCAGUGGGCAGCAACUCUACAAGAGCAUGAUGGAUUGCCUAAUAAAGACUGUUAAAUCUGAAGGCUACUUUGGCAUGUACAGAGGUGCUGCAGUAAAUCUCACCCUGGUAACCCCAGAGAAAGCCAUCAAACUAGCUGCUAAUGACUUCUUCCGCCACCAGUUGAGCAAAGAUGGUGGCAGGUUGACGGUGGUCAAGGAGAUGUUGGCAGGAUGCUGUGCAGGAAUGUGCCAGGUCAUUGUCACCACACCCAUGGAGAUGCUCAAAAUCCAGCUGCAGGAUGCUGGCAGGCUAGCGGCCCAGCAGAGAGUGAUGCCUUGUGUUGUAACGGCUCUGAAGAUGGGGGGGACCAGUGCUGUUCUUAGCCGUUCCUACAACACCAGCCCUGCGCCUCAAGUCAUGCGAGUGUCUGCCACACAGAUCACCAGAGAGCUGCUGAGGACUAAAGGAGUCACAGGACUGUACAGGGGACUUGGAGCCACAUUGAUGAGGGACAUUCCGUUCUCUGUUGUGUACUUCCCUCUUUUUGCACAUCUGCACCAGCUCGGUCAGCGUUCAUCUGAAGACCCAUCUGUGCCCUUCUAUUGGUCCUUUAUGUCUGGCUGCUUGGCUGGAUCCAUGGCUGCUGUGACUGUCAGCCCUUGCGACGUGGUCAAGACAAGGCUACAAUCACUCAGAAAAGGAGCUAAUGAGGAAACCUACAACGGAGUGGUGGACUGUGUCAGAAAGAUCCUGAGAAAGGAGGGUCCCGGAGCGUUCCUCAAGGGGGCCGGUUGCCGGGCCCUGGUUAUUGCGCCACUCUUUGGCAUUGCCCAGGUUGUGUACUUUGUAGGAGUUGGAGAGUGCUUACUGGGGUACACCCCCUACAACAUCUACUCUGCAUAAACAAGCUGUUUCAUAGUCUUUCUGCCACCUCAUUAAAUUACAGACAGCUAUGCCCUGGGCAUAGCCAUGGACCCAGCUCUCUGUUACUGUGUACCUUCUUUAUUGUCGGAGGCUUUCAGAGUAAAAUGCUAAAGGACCAUUUAUAUUCAUAAUGGUUUCAAAUUAUGUCUUUAGCAUGACUAUCUCUUAAGGACUUGACAGUCCUACAUUGAUCACCAUUUCACCCAGAUCAGACUUGACUCUACUCCUGUGGCACCAAACCUUUCCCCCUGUUUCCUUAGAUUUAGCCCCAUCCCUAAAUGUGCUCCAUAUCAGUUACCCUUGACUGUAAACCCUAACCUGUAUAUAUCUCCUCUAACUGCCCCAUCUUGUCAACCACUAGGUGAUGGCUGUUAAUGGUGUUGCAAAAGAAACCUUAUUGUGUUAGGGGGCAUCUACUAAGUAAUAACAAAGGCAGACUAUUGAAAAUUUACUUGAAUAGUUUAAAUCCUGUUUUGAAAGGGUUACAUGUGAAACUGGGCCAUGGAUGUUGAUCCCUGUCUUUGUAUAUAGUGUAUUUGGUUUUAAAGCAGAUAUCAUUUGGUAAAUAACUUCUCUCACAAAAUGAUUGUCACAUGUUGUCCUGGUUGGGGAAAAGAUGUGGGAAAACUGAAGGGUGUCAUAGCUUAUGAAUGAACAAAAACAUUUGGACUAUUUGCCCACUGAGCUGCCAAACAGGGAUUCUGUAUUGUUUCUGUUACGAGGAGUGAUUUCCAGUGCUUCUGAAUUGGUUGCCUCCUUGUCUGCACUGCUUUAUACUUGGUACCAAGACUGUAGCUGACCAUAGAUGCUCUCUGGUGUUUAUUUUUCAGAACAAUGGCGGUUGAGGUGUUUGGGUUUUUUACUGGGCACUAUGAAUCUUUCCCUGGCAGCCUACACAACUGUUUAUGUAACGUGCAAGCUUGAACUCUGCAGCUGAACAGCUCAAUAAGGGCUUCUGCAGUUGAUGGUGGUAAACUAGUCUGAUGAUGGACAAGACUUUAUUGAUGGGAUCCGCUGUGCUUUUGGGACCAAGUCUAUUGAAAAAAGUGCAACAUGAUUUACACAUAGCCACUUUCCCAUAGUUGACUGUGGUUGCCUGUGACUGGUCAGGUUCUCUUGUCAGAUAGAGAUACAGGAGUCCACACAAAUGUAUCAUGUUAGGCAUUUAGAAGCAGAACAGGGUGCAAUGAUGGACUGCAUACUUGUUUCAUGGGUAAAAGUACUUUACCAAUGUAAAUAUGUAUCCUGUAUUUUUUUUUCGAUUUUCUCAAACUGCAAGUUAAACUUAUUGAGACCGUUAACAUUUCAACAUUUUUGAAAGUCUUUCAACCAGUUGAGAAGAUUCAUUUCAGAAUGAAUUACGAAUGUAAAUACAGAUUUCUAAAUGCUGAAUAAAUAUUUUUAAUGCAGUGUUAA